AUGUCCAUCCCUGAAUUUCAGCUGGCAAAAGCGAUCUCCUGUCAUGCAUGGAAUAAAGAUCGAAGCAAGUUAGCUAUUUGUCCGAAUUCAAACGAGAUCUGGAUCUACUCGGGAUGUCACGCACCGGAUCCGUCGCAAUGGCGUAAAGAGGCUGUGCUCACGGAACACGAUAUGCUCGUAAGCGGUCUGGAUUGGUCACCUGUGCACGACCAAUUGGUGUCCUGCUCGCAUGAUCGUAGUGCAUUUGUAUGGAAGUAUGAAGCUUCUUUUCGUCAAUGGAAGCCGUUGCUCGUAGUGUUGCGUGUCACACGUGCCGCUAUUAACGUCAAGUGGAGUCCAGAUGGGAAAAAGUUUGCCGUCAGUAGUGGUGCCAAGUGUGUGUCGGUGUGCUACUACCAGGCAGCAGAGAAUUGGUGGGUUAGCAAGAUCAUUAAGAAGCACAAGUCCACGGUGACGGACUUGGACUGGCAUUCCAACAGUCAGCUGCUGGUAACUGCUAGCACGGAUCUCAAGUGCCGUGUGUUUUCAGCACACAUUAAAGACGUUGAUGGACCACCUGAUGCAGGUCCUUUUGAAACAAUGCCGCCAUUUGGUGAGCCACUGGCUGAGUUUGACAAUGCGAGUGCUUGGGUCAACGCUGUGGCGUGGUCUCCGAAGGGUGAUUGCUUGGCAUUUGCUAGUCAAGGAUCUUCCAUUCACAUCGUCCAUUUUGGUGCCCCUGGCGAGUAUCCGACGAUUCAGUCGAUUCGAUUUUCUCACCGACCGCUCAUGCGCAUCAUGUUCCUGUCGAACUCCGCUAUCGUUGGCGUCGGUCACGAUUUCAACCCGAUGCUGUUUUCUCAGGCUGCCAACAAUUUCUGGUCGUUCUCUGAGUUUGUGGACAAGAAACCUACUGAAGCUGCUGUGAAGAUAAAUUUGGGCGGUUUUAGCGCAGCUCGAAGCCUUUUUGAAAGCAAAGUAAUGCGAGGACAGUCAUCUGAUGCUACUCAGCUCGACAAGGAUAUGUUGUGGAUGAAACACGAAAGCAACAUUACGUGCAUCCAGCCAUACGCUCAGUCUGCCUCCGGUGGCGUCACGGAAUUCUCCACCUCAGCACUCGAUGGCCGCGUCGUUUUAUGGAAGUUGAAAAGCUUGAACGUGGAAUUGAGCAAGCUGCAUCUGUAA